AUGAAGAUGAUAUAGAGAUUUCCCCCCCAUUAAGCACAGAUGAAUUGGUGCCAAAAAUUGGUAUGAAAUUUCAAACAGAAGAGGAAGCGUAUGACUUUUAUUUGAAAUAUGCUAAACAAGUUGGAUUUGGCAUACGAAGGACAAGAACCCAUAAUGAUAAUUCUGGCAGAUUAAUUGACAGGACGUUUUGUUGUAGUGCACAAGGAAAAAGGGGAAAGGACAAACGAGAUAUUUAUGUGAAGCAAAGUCGUGCUGAGACAAGAUUUGGUUGUGAUGCUAAACUGAGGAUUAGUUGUCGAAAUAAUGACAAGUUUUGUGUGGUGAACUUCAUUAAAGAGCAUAAUCAUUAUCUUUCAAGCCCAAACAAAACACAUCUCUACAGAUGUCAUAGGAACAUAUCUUCUUCUGCAGCGAUACAAAUUGAGAUGGCAAGUGAGGUGGGAAUCCCCCCAAAAGCAUCUCAUGAUCUUAUGAUGAGACAAGCAGGUGGGAGGGAGAAUUUAGGGUUUAUUCCUGAAGACUAUAAGAACUACUUGCGAUCUAAAAGAACAAGAAAUAUGAGAGUGGGGGAUACAGGAGGUGUUCUAGAAUAUUUGCAGAAAAUGCAAUGUGAUGAUCCAAAUUUUUUUAAUGCUAUUCAAGUUGAUGAAGAUGAUUUGAUCACAAACAUUUUUUGGUCUGAUGCUAAGAUGAGAGCUGAUUAUGGCAAUUUUGGAGAUGUUGUUUGUUUUGACACAACCUAUAGGAAGAACAAUGAAGGUCGUCCAAUUGCAUUGUUCGUGGGUGUUAAUCAUCAUAAGCAAUCCAUAAUUUUUGGUGCAGCUUUAUUAUAUGAUGAAACUACUUUGUCAUUUGAAUGGUUGUUUGAUACCUUCACUAAAGCUAUGUUUGAGAAAAAACCAACAACUAUUCUUACAGAUCAAGAUGCUGCAAUGACAAAGGCUUUAGCUUCUAGAUGGCCUGAAACACAUCAUCGUUUAUGCAUUUGGCACAUUUAUCAAAAUGCCGCAAUACAUUUGAGUGGAGUUUUUUCUCAAUUCAAAGAGUUUGCUAAAGAUUUUGCCUCUUGUAUAUAUGAUUUUGAUGAAGAGGAAGACUUUCUUUCUACUUGGAACUUGAUGUUGACUAAGUAUGCACUUGAAGAUAAUGAUUGGUUGAGACGUUUGUUUAGCAUAAAGGAAAAAUGGGCGUUAGUAUAUGGAAGACAAAUAUUUUGUGCGGAUAUGACUACAACCCAAAGAAGUGAGAGCAUGAAUAGCAUUUUGAAAAGGUAUGUCACUUAUCAGCAUAAGUUUUUAGAGUUUUUCAAUCACUUCGAAAGAUUGCUUCAGGAUCGUCGAUAUGAAGAGUUAAAAGCAGAUUUUAGAUCCAAUUCAAGUGUUCCAUGUUUAUUGUAUCCGGUUGAAAUAUUAAAACAUGCUAGUUAUACUUAUACUCCUGAGGCAUUCAAGUGUUUUGAAAAAGAAUGGUAUAAAUCUCAUGAUUCUAUUGUAGAAAUUUGUGAGAUUGUUGGAUCACAUGCAACAUACAAAGUUACUUCGCACAAAAAGAAACACCAUCAUAUAGUUACACUCUAUUCAUCUUCUGAAAAAAUUCAGUGCAGUUGUAGUUGUAGAAAAUAUGAAUUUGCUGGGAUUUUAUGUUCUCAUAUUUUGAGAAUAUUUUCUAUGAAAAAUAUUAUGAAGAUCCCAAAUGAGUAUAUUUUGAAAAGAUGGACAAGAAAUGCAAAAGGUGGAUACUUUGAAGGUAAUGAUACAAUUGUGAACAAAGAUAGUUUGGAUCAAAAAAUUCUUCACAAUAUGCGAUAUAGAGAUUUGUGUGGGUUAUCUGUUCAAUUGGUUACCAAAGCAGCAGAAAGGGAUGACACCCACAUGGUUGUUAAAAAUGUUAUGUUGAGCUUAUGUAAGAUGGUUGAUGAAAAAUUACAAGUUAAUGAAUCAAUUGUGCAUCAAUCAAAUCUUAGCCAAGAAGCUAGUCAGUUGGUUCAAUCUCUAGAUGACACAACAAGGAAUUUGAAUGAAACAGACUAUCAAAUUGACGAAGAAAACAAUCUUACAGUCAAAGGAAUUAAACCUAAGAAGAAAAUAGUUUCAGGCAAGAGGUUGAAAAGAGGCAUAGAACAAAUUUCUAGAAAAAAGAAAGGGGCAAGCAAAACUAACCAAACUUCAACAAUUGUUCAGGGUAUAGAAGAUCCUAAUAUAGAAGAUCAAUUUCCACCACUUUUGCCAACACAACUAUCUCAGGUGACUUCCUCAACUUCAAAAUUUCAGACUGCUAUCUCAGCUUUGGACAACAGAUUAAACGAAGAACAACGAAGAUAUCCACCUACUGGAUACCACUCGCUGGAUACCACCUGUUGGAUACCGCCUGCCAGAUUUUUUCCUCCAGGACAUCCACCUUUCGGAUAUCCUCCAAUUGGUUAUCCACCUUCGGGAUAUCCCCUAGCUGGUUAUCCAUCUUCUGGAUAUCCACUCUUUGAGUAUCCUGGUACAUCAGCUCCACACCACGAUACAGGCGGACAUCACGGGCAUCAAAAGGAAAAACAUGGUACCUCUUGAGCUAAAUAGCUCAGAAACUUGAGUACAUUCUGUAUUCUUGAAUACAUUUGAUAGCGGGCCGAAUACAUUUGUGGUAUUCUUGAAUACAUUUGUGGUAUUCUGUAACAAAUGCUAGCGGCUUGUGAUAUUCUGUAACAAAUGCUAGCGGCUUGUUGUAUUCUGUAACAAAUGCUAGCGGAUUGUGGUAUUCUGUAACAAAUGCUAGCAAUACUUGAGUAUUACAGAACUAUUAGUAUUUACUUUAUGCAUUUUCAA